AUGGUGUCGGUUGAGGUCCUGCUCGGCGCCUCGCGGUCGCAACGGAGGCACAAGGGCGAGACGACAGAGCAGUUCCUGGGGCGGUUGACCCACCUGGCGCUGGAGGAGCGGAACAUCUCGGAUCUGACCAACCUGGGGCUCUGCCGUGCUGCACUUGUGGUUCAUCUCUUCUCCAAUGUCCUUACCUCUACCGCAGGCAUCUCGGCUUGCCCGCGGCUCACCCAUCUGGCGGUCCAGGACAACGCCCUGUCCUCGCUCGACGAUCUCGCCGCGCUCCGCUCGCUUGCCACGCUCCACGUCUCGUCGAACGCCCUCACCUCGCUCAAGGGCCUUGAAGCCUGCACUGCACUGGAGGAGCUGUACAUUCAGAACCAGCGCGUGCCGGCCACCGCAGAUCCGCGCCCGUUUGCCCUCACGUCCUCGGUCCUCGCCUACCUCGCGCCGCGCCUCCGCGUCCUCAACAUCUCGGGCAACAACAUCCGUGACCCGCGGCCGCUCUCCGUCCUCACCGCCCUCCGCUCACUCGACAUCUCAUCCAACGCCAUCUCGUCGCUCGAUGCUGUCCAGGACCUUGCUGCAGAACUGCCGGUCAUUGGCUUGCUCGAUGUGCGUGGCAACCCGCGCCUCGGCCGCCCGCUCCGCUACCGCCGCAGCCUCAUUGUUGCGGCGCCAACCCUCACCACUCUCGACGGCCGCGACAUCAAGUCAAACGAGCGCGAGUUUGCUCUCGCCUGGGACGCUUCGCGCGCUUCGGUCUCGAGCCGCGCCCGCCGCCGCCGCCGCCUGCCCUCCUCGACGUCGACAUCCCUGGCCCUCGAGGGUUCCGCCCCGGGCUCGCGCUCAUCAUCGCGGCCCUCGCCCUUGACGAGCAACCCGCUCCCGCGCGUCCUACCCGGCGCUCAUGGCGGACCGACAGGCGCGGUUGUCCGGCUCGCCGGCCGCGUUCUCGCGGCGUCCAAGAACGGCCGCCGCUACGUGUGGAUCAAGAACGGUUACAUCGGUGACCGGUUCUGUGGCCUCGACGAGAACUCCAAGUGCGAUCUCGAGGGCUACGCCUUCUACGUCGCCGGCUUUGUCGUCCCGUGCAUCUUUAUGGCCAUCAUCUGCCUCCUCGCCAUCCCCGUCUUUCUCCUUGUCCGCACAUGCUGUGCCUGCUGCUGCUCCGGCAAGUCGACCUACACCCGCAACACCAUCCUUGUCGUCAAGAUCGGCCUCGCCGUCUGCCUCGUUGGCGUCCUCUUCGGCUUCUACUUUGGCUACGCCGGCAACAAAAAGGCAUCUGACGGCAUCAAGGGUCUCACUCGCGUGGCCAUUUCUACAGGCGAGAACCUUGUCCAGCGUAUCGACAACAUCCGGCGCCGCAUUAUCUCUGCCUCCACCGCCCCGCCAAACGCCGACCAGAACCUGCAGUCGGCCGUCGACGCCGGUAACGACGUCAUUGAUACCAUCCGCGACAUCGACACCAAAGUCGGCACCGUCAACUCUUAUCGCUUUGCCGCCAUCAACAUCGGCUUCAUCUUCCCCUCACUCUUUGCCUUUCUCUCGUUCACCCUCGGCAUCGGUAACCUGCGCUUCUGCUGGAUCCACAUCUUCUCGGCCAUGUUCGUCCUUUUUGCCCUUUUCUUUCUCUGGAUCUCCACCGGCCUGCACUGGCUCAUCGAGAUCUUGUUCUCGGACCUCUGUUUUGAGGCCCGCGACUUUCUCUUCACCCCUCCGGCUCAGCGCCGGACGCAGAACAACCCUCUUGAGGCUGUUUUCCAUUGCUCCGCCAACGACACCAGCAACCCAUUCCGUGCUCUCGCUACCGUCAUUAACGACGGAAUCGACCGCGCUGUCUCCAUCGCUUGCACCGCCCUUACAGAGCCGACUCGCACCCUUCCCGAUGGCUCUGAAGUCGGUGGCAUCUGCCACCUAGGCCUCAACUGCGACAACACCGGCUUCCCCUCCGUCCCCUGCUCAGAGGCCACCCUUCCGUCGUACCAGGAGUCGACGCUGUACUCGGAACGUGUUGGCGCGCCUGGCGCCGUUAUCUCGCUUCUGCAGUGCACCCAGUCGUCGAACCCGUGCGUUGACGGCAUCAACAAGACCGUUGCAGACACCGUCUACAACUCGGUCAACGACGUUAUUAUCUACCGCAACAUCCUCCGCGGCGACGUUCAGCCCAUCCUCGAGUGCGACUUUCUCAACAACCUCCUCUCCGCCAUCAACGGCGUCGUGUGCAACGAUCUCGUCGGCGGCUUUGGUGAUAUCCGCAAGUCGCAGCUCUCGUGCUCCAUCCUUUUCAUUCUUGCCGUUGUCCUCAUGAUUCUCGGCCAGAAGCGAUUCCUUGCGCUAUCGCAAGCCUCCAACGCAAACGGCUCGCCAGCCUCCAUCGACGAUUUUGAUAACGAGAAGGACGUUGAACUCGACGCCCUCGAUGGCGAGCAGAACUUGGGCAACACUGGUGCCGUUGCUCUGGCUCGCAACCCGUCGUACAACGGUGGCCACUCGCUCUCAGACUCGUCGUCAUACUCGGCCGAUCUUCCGGUCUACAACGCCCCGGCGUUGUCUGGUCCGCCACCUGCAUACAACCCCGACUACGACUCGAUGGAGAUGCCUGGCGGCGACUUUGAUGACUUUGACGCCGCGGCUCCAGCCAUGAACUUUGACGAGAAGAAGAAGGCUUAG